CAUUUGCUUAAGCUCAUUAUACUAUAACCCAAUGCCUUCUUUCAAAGCUAUGAUUCCUUUGGCCCUUUGUGUGUGUUUCUUGGUUGGGUCCGUUACUUCUCAGCUCACCUCCACCUUCUACGACACUACUUGCCCCAAUGUGUCUAGCAUUGUGCAAGGCGUCGUGCAGCAAGCUCUCCAAACUGACGAUCGUGCUGGUGCUAAACUCAUCCGUCUUCACUUUCACGACUGUUUUGUAGAUGGAUGUGAUGGGUCUGUUCUACUAGAGGAUCAAACAGGCAUAGUGAGCGAGCUCGGUGCUCCAGGAAACGGAGGCAUCACAGGUUUCAAUAUUGUCAACGACAUUAAAACCGCAGUUGAGAAUGUUUGUCCUGGUGUUGUCUCCUGUGCUGAUAUUCUAGCGCUUGGUUCUCUAUUUGCUGUCACUUUGGCGAGCGGGCAGGGGUGGACGGUCCCAUUGGGGAGAAGGGAUAGUAGAACAGCGAAUUUGGAUGGAGCUAGAAAUAGGCUUCCAAGUCCGUUUGAGGAUCUCACAGCACUUCAAAAGAAGUUCAGGGACGUGGGGCUAGACGACACAACAGACCUCGUAGCUUUAUCAGGCGCACACACGUUCGGGCGCUCAAGGUGCAGAUUCUUCGACGGACGGCUGAACACAUCCAACCCAGACCCAACCCUGGACUCGACAUACGCCGACCAGCUACGACAAAGCUGUCAGCCGGGGCGUGACACAUUCGUGAACCUGGACCCGACAACGCCCGAUACGUUCGACAACAACUACUUCACGAAUCUUCAGAACAACCGUGGGCUUCUAGGAAGUGACCAAGUGUUGUUGUCCACCAGUGGGGCUCCAACUGUGAGUAUUGUGAACAACUUCGCCAACAGCCCGAGCCAAUUCGCGAGCGCCUUCGCUCAGUCCAUGAUUAACAUGGGAAAUCUGAGCCCGUUGACGGGUAGCAGCGGGGAAAUUAGGUCCAAUUGCAGAAGGCUGAACUGAAAAGAAGUUAGAUCAAAGUGUAUCAUAUAUUGUUCGUGACUUAAUGUGGUUCGUGAAGUAACAAUAUCGAAUAAUGCAAGCGCUUAGCUUAGCUUUGAGUGGUCGUGUUAAUUUGAAGAAUACUGUGUUUUUGUGUUUCUAA